AUGAAGUUUCUAACUAUCUACAUCGUCUGUACGUCCGUACUGGCCGUCAGUGUAGUACAAUCGUUUAAAAUGCCAUCUUUCGACGAAAUCACUGAUUUAUUCUCCUCUCUGUAUUCAUCCGAUAAAAGUUCUGGGUCCAAAUCGUCAAAGAAAUCGUCAAAACAUAAACGUUUAAAGAGGCAAUCUGCCGAAAUUGGUGAUGAGAGUUUAGAACCCUUUGAAGUUAGGAGUUCUGCUCUUCCACUAAUGGCCGACAAAGCCACGAUAAACAAGAGGUACAUGCCGACCUUAGGAAAUGGAUACAUUGGAACGACUGUCUAUAGCGAUAAGAUGUACCUUAACGGGCUGUUCAAUGGGGCUGGAUCCCAAUCCCACAGAGCAGCUAUCCCGGCCCUCCUCAUGUCCAGGAUCAAUCUCUCCAAUCCGGAGAUCGAGAGGAGAGGGACGAGGAAGUACGUUUACAAUGCUCUACAGGGUUACUUCAUGGAAACGAUUAAAAGCGAGUACGCUUACAUAGAGCAUAAAAUCUAUCUACAUCAGAAAUACAUCCGCCUGUAUGUCGUCGAGAUCAACUACAAACUCCAGCCAGUCAAUUUUGGUGGUGGUUUCCUAACGCUGAGCUAUCCGCCUCUUGUCAGCGAAGAUAUAGAUUUCAAGAAACCAGUUCCGUAUAUUGGGAAUUGGCUACUUUCUGGGACGACGAAGACGGCAGAAAAGGGGGCCAGUCCGAGGACAGUCUUCGUGUUCUACCAGCAACCCCUUCCCAUGAUUAGCAUUUCCGGCAGUCAGAAAUCCGCCAACUACACGUUCAUUAUGUCCGUCGACACGAACGAAGCCAACGCCAGGGCCGAAUUCGACAAGGCUCAGCUGGACUUACUAAACGGCGACGACGCCAACUACAAUUUCUUCAUGUCGCACGUCAACGAGUGGCAGAAAACUUGGGAUGGUGGCAGAAUAGAGUUGUCAGGAUCCAACACCAACCAACUCAUCAAGGCAGUCUGGUUCGCGCAGGCCUACAUCCUCAAUUCACUUCCGGCCGAAAAUCCCUACCUCCCGCCUCCAUACAGCGACCUCUUCUACGGAUGCGGUCGAACUUCAAUCGGGAAAGGCGAACUGGGGAAGGAUUAUCAAGGUCACGUGAUGUGGGAUAAUGAGUUUUACAUCCUUCCUGCAAUUCUACCCUUCCAUCCUUACAUGGCAAAACAGAUGUUGAGAUACAGAUCAGCGAUGGGGAAGGCGGCUUCGGAAAGAGCAGCCAGCAAAGGAUUCCGAGGUUACCAUUAUCCGUGGGAGAGCGCCUACACAGGAAAUGACGUCACAUCCGAUCCCUGUCCAGGAAACGACACGGACUGCAAUUGGCGGAAGUUUUACACCACCAGUGGCGUGGCUUUGGCGAUCCGUUACUACAUCUCUAUGACGAGGGAUAGGGAUUUCAUGAUUAAUCCCAUUUACUCGGGGUGUGACAUGUCGAGAGAGGUCACUUGGUUCCUGGCCAGUCAGCUAGUUUUCAACGAGGGAUUGAAGAGAUAUGAACUGCUAGACGCCACCGGCCCUGACGACUACCACCCGCGCGUCAAGAACAACGCCUUCCUCCUCUGCAGCUUCUCCCUGGCCAUCCACUUCGCCCGCUACCUCUCCUGCAUGUGCCAGAGGAACGAGAGGGAGGAGGUGCCCGAUGAAUUCGUCCGGAAGGCCUUCUACCUGAACCUUCCCUACGAUAAGAUCAAAAGAUUGCACUAUCAGUAUGAAGGAUUUGAUCCGGACCGAGACAAGCCGCUGAAAAUGGCAGACGCCAUCCUUCUCAACCAUCCACUGAACUGGAACUACAGUACCGACAUCAUGCGCAAUGAUCUGAACUACUACGAGUUGCUGACCGAACAGAAGACAUCCUCCAUGACGCUCAGCUGGUUCGUCAUUGGCUGGAAGUGGACGGGGGAGGUGCAAAAAAUGGCCACUGCCUUCUUGAAGAGCUACCAGGAUUAUAUUAUACAGCCGUUUAAGAUUUGGACAGAAAACACGGAGCGUUCGGAGGCUGACCAAGCAGUCGGCUCAACUAACUUCCUCCCAGGAAUGGGCGCCUUCCUACAAUCUUUAAUUUACGGGUUUGCUGGGGUGCGAAUAAAACCAGACAGGCUGGAAUUUUGUCGCCCCAUGCCCCCACCGAACCACAAAAAAAUGGUCCUCCGUAAUUUCCACUACCUAAAUAACAAUUUGACCUUCACAAUUGAGAACAACAAAGUGACUUUGGAAGUGCUGGCCGUUGACAAUCGGUUUCCUCUGCUCUUGAGAGUGAAUCGCACCGAUGCCCCGGAAGUGCCCUUGACGGCCAACAGCAAACCAAUAGUGAUAGAGCAGGCCCUAGACGGAUUUUUCAUCUACUCCUUCCAGGAGACCUGUGAACUGCCGCGGGACUACAUAUACAUGCCGUUUGGGUACAUUCCAUGGGCGGACGAGUAUAACAUCAACGGAGUCCCCUCUUUGCAUACAUUCUCUUUUAUCUUUUUAGCAUUCGUAACAAACUUUUAUUUAACAUUUUUUUUGUGAUUUUUUAUGAAUUGCACGUUAACUAACUGUUUGCUCAUUGUGUCAAACGUAUUUUAUUUCACUUUUUUUUUGGUUUUUAACGAAAUAUUUUACUAUUUUGCCUACAAAUAUGCGAUAAUAAUUAUUUAGUUUAAAAAG